GAUUCGUUACGGAAGGAAACGCAACACACACAACACUCUGGAGUGUGUUGGAGAAUUGUCUUUUGUGGUUGUCCCGAAAGUGCAGUGCCGCGUAAUUCGAAUUGGUUGAGAAAUGUGCGCAUAAAUCGUUCCGACUCAGUGCUAAUUGAAUGUCAUAAAUAUUAUGAAAAUUGUUCAAUUUUUGAAAAUGCGCGCCAUUUGAAAGUCAGGAAGCGAAGUGCAACCAAAUAAUAAUUUAUUUAAAUUAGCAACACCAAUUGUUUAGUAAACAAUCGAAAAAGGCCAUAACAACGAACUCAAAGUACUGAACAGAAUGGCGAACAUGAGAGCCAACCUCACGAUUGGAUUAUUUCUAAUGCUGCUGACCAGCGGCCAAACGCAUUUCAAUAUCUAUCUGAAUCUGCACGAGGUGUUACGCCUAAUCGGCGUUUCCGCAGAGCUGUACUAUGUACGCGAGGGUGCCAUCAAUGACUACGCUUUGAACUUUGCUGUGCCCGUGCCGGCCAACAUCAGCGAUGUAACCUUCACUUGGCAAUCGCUCGUUGACCAUCCGCUCCCCUAUAGCAUCAAUGUGGCCACUUCGGAUUCGGAUGUCCUACCACGUCCAAUGUUGAAUAUCUCACGCAUUGGUGAUGUGCCUGUAGAUGCGCAAACCUGGGGCGUAAGUCUUAAGUGCUCGGGAACACGAGCUGCUGAAGUUACGGUGACAAUCAGCCUGGAGGUGAUACUGGAUCGUGAGACGAAUAACAACACAAAUCUGGUGUUCAAGCGAAAGAAAAUAUGUUUGAAAGAUGAGCCAGAUGGCGGACAUGAGGACUACGAGGAUGAGCCACAGCAUCCCGAGUUGGGAGCACACGAUGGGGAACACUAUGCCGAACAUGCCGAGGAUAAUGCAGAGCAUGUAAUAGCAGAUGGACAUCUGUCGCCCAAUGUGGAACAGGAUACUGGAGCUCAUCUGAGCACAGCAACAGAACGUGGCGCAGGACAACCAGCGGUGACUGUUGGCCGUGGUCCAGGCACAGAUUACGAUCCCCUGUUGCGCGAAACUAUCGAUCCACCCACCAGCGGUCUCAUUACGCUUAUCAUUGGCGGCCUUUUGGCGCUUAUAUUGGUCUCAACCCUCAUACUGAUUGCCUAUUGUGCGAAGGGACCCUCGAAACGACACCCUACGAACGGAGUCCAUUUGAUAAAGACAUCCAGCUUUCAGCGCCUGCCGACCAUUUCCUCGACGGCUCAUAAUUCCAUCUAUGUGUGUCCCUCGACUAUUACGCCCACAUAUGCUACGCUGACGCGGCCCUUUCGCGAAUAUGAGCAUGAGCCGGAGGAGUUCAAUCGCCGUCUCCAGGAACUAACUGUGCAAAAGUGUCGUGUGCGCUUGUCGUGCCUGGUGCAGGAGGGAAACUUUGGUCGCAUCUAUCGUGGCACAUACAACGACUGUCAGGAGGUUUUGGUCAAGACUGUGGCACAGCAUGGCAGCCAGAUACAGGUGAACCUCCUGCUGCAGGAAUCCAUGAUGCUGUACGAGGCCGCACAUCCCAAUGUCCUCUCUGUUUUGGGCAUUUCGAUUGAGGACUAUGCCACCCCCUUUGUACUCUACGCCGCUAAUGGCAGUGUGCGCAAUUUGAAGACAUUCCUGCAAGAUCCUUCGUAUGCCAGAAGUGUGACUACCAUUCAGACAGUGCUGAUGGCUUCUCAGCUGGCCAUGGCAAUGGAGCAUUUGCAUAACCACGGCGUGAUACAUAAGGAUGUGGCGGCUAGGAACUGUGUCAUUGAUGAUCAACUGCGCGUUAAGCUCACGGAUAGCGCUCUAAGCCGCGAUCUCUUUCCCGGUGACUACAAUAGUUUGGGUGACGGUGAAUAUCGCCCGGUCAAGUGGCUAUCGCUGGAGGCUCUACAAAAGUCCCACUUCAAUGAGGGCAGCGAUGUUUGGUCCUUUGGUGUCCUUAUGUGGGAGAUGUGCACCUUGGGCAAGUUGCCAUAUGCCGAAAUCGAUCCCUAUGAAAUGGAGCAUUAUCUUAAAGAUGGCUACAGAUUGGCCCAACCCUUCAACUGUCCCGAUGAGCUUUUCACAAUUAUGGCUUACUGCUGGGCUUCCAUGCCAGCCGAGCGUCCGUCUUUCAGCCAGUUGCAGAUCUGCCUGUCAGAGUUCCAUACGCAGAUCACCAGAUAUGUUUAACCAGCGGUGCUACAACAUGCCAGAACUUGUAAAUAUAACAAGAAGCGUCGUCGCAAGAUUUCCCAACAAACGACGGCCGCUACUUUGUAUCCAAAGACAUAUUUAAAUGAUAGCACUUAAGUGGAGAUCGUGGCCGGAUCUUAUAUAUUGAAUCGUGAUGGAUAUGGCGUUAGUGGAUUUUAAGUGGAAUCCCCCAUAGGUAACUUAUUUUUGUUUAAAGAGUAGUAUGUGUACUAGAGAGGAUGCCUAUGGGCUAAAGGUUGCUGAAUGAUAUAUGAUUUUCAACCGGUUGUAAAUGUUUGAAAUCGGAAUCGGUUAUUUAGGCCAAAAGACCGUUAUGGCUGAUACAACAAAAAUGGGAGCUUUAAGGAUUUUAAGCGGUUAUAACCGUUUGAACCGGUUUAUUGUUUUGCAAACGAUUCUAAGCGAUACAGAAAGAAAGCUUUUCUCAACGAGUUUACGGUUCUUAACCGAAUAUAACCGUUUGCACUUGAUUAAUUGACAAACAACUUCUGUCAAACCUAUGCGAAAAAUUCCGAACCGGUUAUGAAGGACUUCAAUCGGUUAUUUGAAUAAGAUAUUGCAGCCUACGCCCUGUUGGUCUCUAUUCUUAAAUGUAUUAUAAUACUAAGAGGUAAGCUAUCAUGCAAGUGUUAUUAUAAAAUAUGGAAAAAGAUGAUGUGACGUUUCAAUGCAAAUACGUAGAAGUUAAAACUAACCUUAACACACCAGCCCCUAAGAACUACAAUAAAGAGACAAACAAACCCAGUAAAAUAAAAAUCGUUAUAGACUAAGCAGUUUUGGGUUGGCUUGCUGCCCACAAAAGUUUCGCGACGUACAUAAAGCAUUUACAUAACACAUACUAGCUACAUACUUACAUACAUAGUCCAACAAAUAGUAGUUGGUUCAAAGAAAAAACAACAGCAAAAAAAUACAAAAAUUAAAAUGGAAAAUAAAUUAGGCUAGGCAGUGUAAAAACAAAAAACCAUCCCGUUUGUCGGGCUACUUGAUCGUAGUUUGAAACCGCGUUAAAGAAAAAAAAAUUAUCAUAAAUAUCGUAUUAAAUAUAGUAUAUGCUAUAUAAAUAUAUCUACAUGUAUUGUAAAGGUAUUGAUGUAUAUGUCUAACAAUAAGAUCCUAGUGCUAGUAAACUCCAUUUACCUAAUGUUAGUUAUGUAUCGCCCAGACUUUACCAAAAGGCUCUAUACAUAUGUAUGUUUCUUUACCCUACUUAAUUUUUGUUAAAUCAAAAGGAAUUCAAAA